AGAGUGGAGAGAGAGGGGGUGAGUUAGUGGAUGCAGUUUGCAGUCAAGUGUUGUGGAAUCAAAAUACACCGGCAGCAAGGAUAAUGAAAAACCUUUAACCACUGAACUAAAGCACCAGGAGAACAGGAGAAAAUACACUACAGAGAAAAAUUAGAAGACAGUCUGGUCUUUCGUCUUAUCUGGGCAUCAGACAGAGGAAAGGAGAGGAGACAGAGAAACAGAGCGGAUGCUUAUUCCUGUUUAACAUGAACCUACCCAGAACAGACUGCUACUGCAACACAUGACCAGAAUCGUCACUGGAAUACUGCGUUACACUGGGAUUGUGUCACCGGUAUAUAUGGUGAGUCUGUGUGUGUGUGUGUGCAAGAGAGUGAGUGAUUGAGUGUAAGCAAUUACGCGUGUGUGUAUCGCAGCAUAUUUAGAUGUAUAUAUGUUUUUUUAAAUGUGUAAUGUCGUAUCUGUUUCCAUACAGAAAAAGAGAGAGAUAAAAGGGUGACUGGGAGACACGGAGAAACAUUUUGACAUAAAUUAGACAAGGGUUAACUCAGUUUUUUACCUCGGAGAGUCGAUAUGAAAAGUGUUAACCUCAGAACAGACUUUGUGUGUGUGUGUGUGUGUGUGCAUGUGCGCAUGCAUGCGUGUCUGGUGUUCUUCUCUUCAGUGCCGGUGUGUGUGUGUGAGCUGAUCAUAGCAGCCCUAUUGGUAUUCUGAGGAGGGAGCUCCAGGAUCUCUCCUUGCUCCUACCCAGGAUGGCAUCACAGAGACAGGAUUGUGCUCGCCACUGGAAUGGGGGUGAAGCACAGUGACAUUACCUUUCUGAAUCCUUUCCUCGUCCGUGAAGAGUCCCCGUUCCCAGCAUUGGGAUUAACGUCCAACUGCUAGGGUGGAGAACCCCGACAAUGACCCCACUUUCCUUGGAGGGUGAGCCCCCCAUUGGGGAUCCAGCAGCCAGGGCUCCCAUUGAACCAGUGAGAGAGGUGUCCGAUGCACCGGUCUGAUUACAACAGCAGCCAAAUGGGAUGUUGUGAAACCUAGAGGUUAGGAGUUUUGAUGUAGAGGACCUUGAGCUUCAUGGAUGCGUCUCACUGGAAGCAAAUGCUCGACAAAGAAACUUUUUCAAAACAACUCGGUGGAUUUAUUAUCUGCACAUCCUGUCCAGAUUACAACACAUUAGUCUGCUCACUCCAAAGUUCGGUGCCUGCUGCAGAUUGUUUCCUGAGCUGAAACCAGUCAUUGAAAUUUGCCCCCCCACACCCGGGAACCUUGAUUUGUUUGUUUUUUAAAUGAGCGAUUUUCAGCCUUCAUUUCUUAAUUUCUGGCUUAUUUUUCAGCUUGUCAUCUAGUGAGCUGGAAUAUAUGGUCCAUCUUUGCUCAUCCUCGAUUGGGGCCAGAGAGGGAAAAGUGACAAACUGUCCUGAUAAUAAAGUGGGAAAGGCAGAGGGAUCAGAGAAGAUAAGGAGAUAAAGAAACUGGUAGAAAGAAAAAGAGGGACAGACAAAAAAACACUGAGAUUUGUCAGAAUCCAAAUUCCUGCCUCUUUGUAAUUCCGCCUGUCUGUCUGGUUGUCUGAUUGGUUAAGACAAUGGGCAGGGUAGGGGGUAGGAUUCUGACCGGGGGGACAGCUGUGCGCACUGUACACCUGUAGGCCCGAGCUGGGUGGCAGUUAGACAGUCAGAUAGGGUGUGUGUGUGAGAGAGAAAGGAAGAAGCAGUCAGUUCUGUACUGUGUAGGGUGCUGCCUGCCUGACAGCGACUGAGAACGAGCGGCACAGCAAUUAAAGGAUCUGACUGCUUGCCCCUCAGCCUCGGCCUGCAGGCCCAGACACAAACAGACAGCAGGGGGACGGCUAAAAGAAUAGAAGGAUACACCGCGGUAGUGAAGAAGAGAGAGAAAGAAAAUCAAAGAGGGAGAGAAAGAGAAAAGUAGGGAGGGGAUAGGAGAGGGAUUGAAACUAGGUGUUGAAAAUCCUCUUCAUCUGCCUGCCAUUUCCUCUCCGGUUUUGCCGUCAUCUUCUGGGACAUUGGAUUUAGACACUGGCACUAAGAGGCACCGAGGCCUUCUCACGGCCCAGAGGAACAGAAAGGCAUGGACUGGGGUCCUGUUGGAUUGCACAUUUUAAGAGACUCAUUUUUCACCCCUUGUCUUUUUCAAAUUUUAUUAAGUGGCUUCUUCUGCGUCUGUGGCGCGACCGAAGAGACAGAGCGAGAGAUAAAGAGAAUAAUAGAGCGACCCAGCCUUUCUCUGUUGCUUUCCUCCCCUGACUACUGAAAGGAGUAUUGUUGCUCAUUGUACGAGCACUGGAAUCUUUCACCGUCCUCUCUCUCAGCCCUCCAUCCAUUAAGACAAUCUGGAACGCUGUGACAGGCCCCCGCGAGUCCCCCAAGUCCCCCUCACCCCACCCCUGGUCUCUGAUCACCAGUGGAUUCCAUCUCUAUGCCUGUCCAGGGCUGUGCUAACCAGCCGCUACACUCACGUAUGGUGGAUGACUGCUGACAUCGUCUAACUCAUUCUGUGGCGAGCAGGCAGCCAGCAGACCGUUCUCCAUGAGGAGCAGUAGAAGAUGCCGGCUCUGCCAGCACUGCUGCUGUCGAUACACUUCUCUUCCUUCCUGCUAGUUACCAUGGCACCACGUUCUGGAAGCCAGGCCGCUCUACUGUCCUCUGUUCGGAUGGCUGCAAUCCUGGAUGACCAGUCAGUGUGUGGCCGUGGGGAGAGGCUGGCAUUGGCCCUGGCCAGAGAGAACAUUAACAGUGUGAUGGAGGGAGGGGCCAGGGCCCGUGUGGAGGUGGACAUUUUCGAACUGCAGAAGGACUCCCAGUACGAGACCACUGACACCAUGUGUCAGAUUCUCCCCAAAGGAGUGGUCUCUGUGAUAGGCCCUGCGAACAGCCCAGCCUCAGGCUCUAUCGUCAGUCACAUAUGCGGAGAGAAGGAGAUCCCACACGUCAAGAUAGGUCCAGAGGAGACGCCCAGAUUACCUUACCUGCGGUUUGCCUCAGUCAGUCUGUACCCUAGCAACGAGGACCUGAGCCUGGCCGUGGCAGCCAUCCUGCAGUCCUUCAGCUACCCCUCAGCCAGCCUGGUCUGCGCCAAGGCUGAGUGCCUUUUGCGACUGGAGGAGCUGGUGCGGCGCUUCCUUAUCUCCAGGGAGACGCUGUCAAUUAGGAUGCUGGAUGACAGCUUGGACCCUACCCCCCUGCUGAAGGAGAUACGAGACGACAAGGUUGCCACCAUCAUCAUCGAUGCCAACGCCUCCAUCUCCUACCUUAUCCUCAAAAAGGCAUCUGAGAUGGGGAUGACAUCAGCAUUUUACAAGUACAUCCUCACCACCAUGGACUUUCCCCUGCUGAGGCUGGAUGACAUAGUGGAUGACCAGUCCAAUAUCAUAGGCUUCUCCAUGUUCAACAGCACCCAUCCCUUCUACCUGGAGUUCAUCAGGAGUCUCAACCUGUCCUGGAGGGAGGGCUGUGAUCUCAUUUACCCUGGACCAGCUUUGUCGUCAGCCCUGAUGUUCGAUGCUGUUCACGUGGUGGUGGGGGCAGUGAAGGAGCUCAACAGGAGUCAGGAGAUUGGAGUGAAACCACUCAGCUGUACCUCUCCUCAGAUCUGGCAACACGGCACCAGCCUCAUGAACUACCUGCGCAUGGUGGAGUACGAUGGGCUGACUGGCCGUGUGGAGUUCAACAGUAAAGGCCAGAGGACCAACUACACCCUGAGGAUCCUGGAGAAACACCGCCAAGGUCACAGAGAGAUUGGUAUCUGGUUCUCCAAUAACACCCUGGCCAUGAACGCCACCAGUCUGGACAUUAACGUCUCGGAGACCCUGGCAAACAAGACCCUCAUCGUCACCACCAUACUGGAGAGCCCCUAUGUGAUGCGUAAGGGGAACUACCAGGAAUUUCAGGGGAAUGACCAGUACGAAGGCUUCUGCGUGGACAUGCUUAGGGAGCUGGCAGACAUCUUAAAGUGCUCCUUCAGAAUCAAGUUGGUGGACGAUGGGCUGUAUGGAGCGCCUGAACCCAAUGGGUCCUGGACUGGCAUGGUUGGAGAGCUCAUCAAUAGAAAAGCAGACUUGGCAGUAGCAGGCUUCACCAUCACAUCUGAGAGGGAGAAAGUCAUCGACUUCUCUAAACCCUUCAUGACACUAGGAAUCAGCAUCCUGUACAGAGUCCACCUGGGCAGGAAGCCGGGAUACUUCUCGUUCCUUGACCCCUUCUCUCCUGCUGUGUGGCUUUUCAUGUUGCUGGCUUAUCUGGCUGUCAGCUGUGUACUCUUCCUGGCUGCAAGGUUGAGUCCCUAUGAAUGGUACAACCCCCACCCGUGUCUGCAGGAGCGCAAGGACAUGCUGGAGAACCAGUACACUCUGGGGAACAGCCUCUGGUUCCCAGUAGGAGGCUUUAUGCAGCAGGGCUCUGAGAUCAUGCCUCGAGCCUUAUCCACGCGCUGCGUCUCUGGGGUCUGGUGGAUGUUCACUCUGAUCAUCAUCUCCUCCUAUACGGCCAACCUGGCAGCCUUCCUGACCGUCCAGAGAAUGGAAGUGCCCAUUGAGUCCCCUGACGACCUGGCCGACCAGACCAACAUUGAGUAUGGCACCAUUCAGGGGGGGAGCACCAUGACCUUCUUCAUGAAUUCACGCUACCAGACGUACCAGCGGAUGUGGAACUACAUGCACUCCAAGCAGCCCAGUGUGUUUGUGAAGAGCACGGAGGAGGGCAUCGCCCGUGUGGUCAACUCCAAGUACGCCUUCCUCCUGGAGAGCACCAUGAACGAGUACUACCGCAAACUCAACUGUAACCUCACCCAGAUAGGAGGCCUGCUGGACACCAAGGGCUACGGCAUCGGCAUGCCCCUGGGCUCCCCAUUCAGAGAGGAGAUCACUAUGGCCAUCCUGCAUCUUCAGGAGAACAACCGGCUAGAGAUCCUGAAGAGGAGGUGGUGGGAAGGAGGACAGUGCCCUAAGGAGGAGGACCACCGAGCCAAGGGCCUGGGCAUGGAGAACAUCGGAGGUAUCUUUGUGGUGUUGAUCUGUGGCCUCAUCAUUGCUGUGUUCGUGGCCAUCAUGGAGUUUGUGUGGUCGACACGCUGCUCUUCAGUGACAGACGAGUGUCUGUUUUCUGAUAAAGAAUACUGUAUCUGUUUGUGUAUCUGUCUGUCAGGAGAUGCUCACCGAGUUCAGAAACGCCGUAUCCUGUAAAAAGAGUUCCCGUUCCCGCCGUCGCCGGCCCCUGGGCAGCUCCGCGGCCCUCCGCCACCCCACCCGCAUCGCCCUGGGGGCUCCGCGGCCCC